AUGUGCUCGCGUCAGAGCAUGAGUUCGCCCUCGAGCCAGGUGCUCACGCUUGCCCAUCUCACAUCCCCACAGACGACGACGACGACGACGACGACGACGAACCCUCCAACAAGUCCAACAAGACACGUCGGAUACAAGACAGCGACGGCGAAGACGGCGACGGGCCCUCGCUGCCUCACCUGCCCGAAGGAUCGCGCUCGCCCUUACCCGACGACGCCCAACGAGACCAGGAUUCGGACCAGGACGAUGAUGACGAAGACGAGGGCGGAGACGACUAUGAAGAACCCGAUCUCAACCGCAUCAAGUUCAAGAAGAAGAAAAAGUUCGCCUCUACCGAGGACGGCGGCGAGGACGGGGGCGAGCUCCCAGAACUGAGGAGGAAGUGGGUCACUUUAGGAACUCUCGUAGGCAGCUGCCUCUUGCUCAAAGCUUAUGAUACUGUGAUCGGACCCUCAGGAAAAAGAAAAAGCCCAAGAGGGACGAGCCCGAGGUACCUGAACCGAUCGAGGAAGAGACUGACCCGGAGAAGGGUACGUCAGGCCGGAAGUGCACGGCACGGGUGCCUCGACAACUGACGGAAAACCCAUACAGCCCGUAGAAAGGCGUUGGAUGACCGGCUGAAGGAAAUUAUCAAGCCGACAAAGGCCAGGACUGGAGGCAAGAAGCGCAAGGACGCCGACGAUGAUGUGAGCCACAGGACCCACCCUAGUUGGGCUUCCCAAUCCAUGCGCCAGACAUUGAUCUUCUCCCGCCACUGUCAUCCAUUAGGAUUUGGAAGCAUUUAACGACGAAAAGGUCGCCGAACUCCGCACAGCCAUGUUGCGGGCCGCUGACGCCGACAUCACCGAGAACGAAGCCGGCCGAUACGCCCCCAACAAGCUGAGGAUGUUGCCUAGGGUCGUCGAGAUGAUGCAAAAGUCAGUACCCUCCGAGUGCAGCUUUGGACUGAGCGGCUAACCGAUGCUCUGCGCUCUGUUCAGGACCUCGCUCGGAGAAUCCAUUGUCGAGAACGGGGUGCUCGAAUCGGUCAGACGCUGGCUCGAACCCCUGCCGGACAAGUCGUUGCCAGCGAUCAACAUUCAACGCGCCAUGUUUGAAAGUCUAAGAACAGUGAGUUACUAUAGCCUGCGAACGAUCCGCAUUGACACUUGAUUGACCGGACGACAUUCCCUGCGCUCUCUCCCCAGCUCCCGAUCGAGACUUCGGCGCUUAAAUCGUCCGGUCUGGGCAAGAUCGUCUACUUCUACACCAAAUGCAAGCGCGUCGAACCGACGAUCGGACGCAUGGCGAACCAACUCGUUUCGGACUGGAUGCGACCCAUCAUCCGACGCUCCAAAGCCUUCGUCGAUAAAGACCCUUAUGCCGAACCUCUGACGAACCCCAAUGCCAACCACUCGAACCGACGAAUCCGAGUUCCUGCUGGUGUGGUAGGCACGACGAACAAAGCGGCGGAUGACGACGCGGGUUUGGCGAGGAGGCACGCGAGGAUCCCCGAGAGUUUCUCGGCGAGCUUCUCUGUGGCUCCUCCGACGAGCGCGAGGGAUCGACACGGUGCGGGUGGGGGUCUGCAAUCGGGGCAUUCGGUUACAGCUGUGUCGACCAAGAUGAAGGGGUACAAGAAGAAAUUGGUGGCCGGGCAACAGGCUUCGAGGAGGGUAUAG